CAAACUCUGUGUGUGUUCAUCGUGUUGCACAUCUCGUGUAGCACGGGGUGACAUUGUCAAGCAUUACAAGCAAGUGGGAAUUUUAUCAUCAAUGCUGACUGCAGUGCUAGGUCUUUGAAAACAUUCUGUUUCCAAACGGUGACUGAAGUAGGCGGCCGCCAGCAUCCCUCGACCUCACAAAAUGCCUAAGCUGACAGAAAUAAUGCUUGCUUAUAAUAGACCUUUCAAGAAGUUUACAAAUUACAAACCACAAGGUUAUAAAUACAAGAUUGUGCUGCCACCGGUUCUGCGCGAUUAUGUCUCAGAAAGGAAGGAGAAACUUGGGAAAGCAUACUGUGUAGAGGAGAUGUCCAUUAUGAUGGCCUGUUGGAAACAAAAUGAUUUCAACCAGCAGCGAUGCUCUCAGGAACUUGCAGCUUUUCAUAAGUGUGUUGUAGAAGCUCAGGCAGCGGAGCAAGCUGCAAGGGAGACCUUAAAGCAGGGGAAAUCAUUGAAUGUAGGACAGCGGAUGCCAGCGUCUCAAGUGAACAAACUUCUGAAGCGGUACCCACAGCCACCAGUGACCAUACAGUUAAAGUGAUUUCUUCAACCUCUUGAUGUGACAGGGUGAUGGCGGCAAUGACUGAGGAGUUGUAUGAAAAUGUUUUUUGGCUGUUGAGGGGAGCUCACGACGAGAAUUUGUGAAAGGAGAGCAAGAUGAUUUAAAUAGUGAUAAAGAAAACGGCUAAGC